CCGUGUUGUCCACCAAUGACCUAGUCAUCGCCACUGGUCACUCCAACCACUUCUACGAUUUCCAAACAUUUACAGCGAGGGCUGGGUUUCUGAAGAGUUGCCACGACUACUGAUAUGCACGUUCUGUCUUCUCGCCUGGCUCAAAAAAUGCACUCACAUCCUUCGAACGCUGGAUUAACCACUCCAUUCUUCUUGUUGGGCUCAGUGCAACAUAGUUGCAGCCAACCGAAUAUCCCAGUCCGAUCUCGGAUCCCAAGGCGUUUGGAACAAAGCCGUUCUCCUCCGCGAAUAGAUUUGACGCGUCGGGUCGGAAUCAUCCUACACCUCACCAAACAGGUCUUGAUCAAAUUGUCUUAUCCGACAGCCUUUGGCUCAAUGCGCUCCAGAGUUACCCGGACUGGGGGCGUAGGCCUCCCUUCGAAGGGGCGUCGCUUUUGGAGCCCACACUCGAAAAGCUGCUGCUUCAGCUGCGCUUGCUUUUCCCACGAGAAUCAUGACCUGCUUACUUUUGCGGCUGCGCGCGGAUUUCCCGGAAGCACUUUUGCCCACACCGUCAUCGACUGCACAAGCCUCGGGAUCCAGACCAUUGACUUCGAUGUCGGAUCAUCCGUAGUGCCACCAAUCGUGUCAAGCAUGCCUUCAACUGCAUCGAUUCCGCUUUCGCCCCCUGUCCUUGAGGCGCAUGUGACGGCUCCACUACAGAUACAGAUACCAGGAUGCGAUACGCCUGCUGCGGUUGCUCAUCCGUUACCAUGACCAGGAGCGCGGCUCUACUUUUAGCGAAACCGCUUCCCUUGCCCAUCAGCACUUUUGGCUACCCCUGUCAGCAGCGGCACGGGUCCCAAAUCCCAUCGCAGCUCAGGGAACUUGGUGCACCGUUGUAAUUCGAUUUAAACGUUAACGUUCCUCCUUGUCUCGUUCUUCGCGUCUGCUUUGCGUUUCAU